CUCGUCCACUACAAUGGCCAUCACCGAACUUAUUUUCCCUUCGAUCAAGACUGACCCUGACUCACUCAGGGAAAUCGAGCAAGACUGGCCGAUAAUCAGCAAAAGAUUAACACACCCUAAUCCUGGCUUGCUGAAUGCCUAUCGCGGCUUUCUCCUCACCGAGAACGAGGUAGAUGUGAGAGAUGCUCACAGAGAGUUCCUUCUAUUUGAGUGGGUUAAAGCGGAAGAUUUCUAUGCCUUCAUUAAGUCCGCCCAAUUUGGCAACUUUGCUGCUUCGAUCAAGCAUCUGGUGAAUGGGCCGCCGAUGCUACAACUCUUUGCAACCACCAUCAGCCCGAGAGAGGCAGCUUUGGCCUCCGUUGUUGAAAUCAUCAGGUUGGGUAUCUCAGAACCUGAGAACGCGGAGACAUCCACACAAGUAUGGGAACGGAUCUCUCGCUUUCUUUGUGGGAAGAAGGCUUCCGUCACGUACGGAACAAGCUCCAAUCUUGAGAACGAGGUCGUUGCCGGCAUCAUAGGAUGGCAUAGUCUAGAGACUCGAUCUGAGAUAAUCCAAGAGGCCGAGUAUACCGAAGCGUUGAACUCACUCCAGUCCCUAGGAGACGUCAACCACAUUACCGUCGACAUUGCUGCAAUGGAAUUGCCACCCCUUUAAAUGAUAUCGUAUGAGGUGGAAGCCGGUCUAUAUAUUGG